AUGGGUAGCUCAGUGAGUGUAUCGGUUAGCAUGAACAAUGGCGGGAAAUGCCUUGAUCAUAAGAUGUCGUGCCUUAUUAAUCGACAGAUUAAUGAUAUGUUGAAAGCGGAACACGCGUUAGAAAGAAGGACAAUGAAACUCUUAAUAUUAGGUGCAAGCGAUUCUGGAAAAAGUACAUUUUCAAAGCAAAUGAAAAUACUACACCACAACGGUUUCAGUGAAGAUGAGUUGAUCCACAUGAAGUCAUUAAUUUAUAGUAACACAAUUCAAGCAAUUUACAACAUCCUAGAUGCAAUGGAGAACCUGGAAAUAGAGUUAGAGGAUCCACAAUAUAAGCGUGAUGCUGAGAGCGUAGAGAUGCUAUGUGACCCGAUUAACAGGGGACAUAUGGACAUGACCCCUGAGAUAGGCAACGCUAUUCGCAACCUAUGGACAGAUAAAGGUGUCCAAAAGUGUUUCCAGAGAUCCAAUGAAUACCAAUUAGACGACUCCACAGAAUAUUUCAUGACUUCCGUUGAACGUAUAUCAGCACCUCACUACAUCCCAACAGAGCAAGAUAUUUUGCGAUCACGCAUUUCAACGACUGGAAUAGUAGAGACAAAUUUUCAAUUCAAAGGUCACACAUUUAGAAUGUUUGAUGUCGGAGGUCAAAGGUCGCAGCGAAGGAAGUGGAUUCACUGUUUUGACAAUGUAACUGCAUUGCUCUUCAUUGCAGCAAUGAGUGCUUAUAAUCAAGUUCUACGGGAGGAUGCAACCAUUAAUAGAAUGAAGGAGAGUCUCAUGUUGUUCUCGUCGAUUACAAACAGCGGCUACUUCAAAACAACUGAAUUGAUACUUUUUCUCAACAAGAAAGACAUUUUUGAACAGAAGAUAUCACAAUUUAAGCUGUCUGAGUAUUUCCCAAAUUAUAGAGGAGGGAAUAAUUUCAAAGAAGCGGCUGCAUUCAUACGUGAUCUUUUCGAAGGCAACCUCCCACCUAAAAAGUUGGUUUACACACAUUAUACUACUGCAAUAGACACUAAAAAUAUCCAAGUUGUUUUCAAUGUUUCCAUGGCGAGUGUGUUAAGGAACAAUCUAGAAGCUGCUGGGAUGUUAUUGUGACUCAUAAAUGUUACCUACAGCCAUUGCAACAAUGAAGUUGCAACUGACUACCCUUGGCUCGAGGCUCUGGCUUGGUUAGACAGUUCAUGCUAUUGAUAAACCCAAGACUAGCUGCUGCAGACUUAUCGGAAUUUGAAUGAAAAAGAAAUGAAAGCAGAAAAUGCAAUUCUCAAUUCUAAAUGGGUAGCCAUAUUUUGAUCUACUUCUGAUUGGUCAAUGUCAGAUCGAAUGAAUGUUUCUCUGAAAGAGUGUAGAUGAAGCUCCCUUUUAAGGAUGCAAAAUCACACCAAUACAGGAUGUUCAUGAAAUAUUUUUAUUGUUAUUGCCAAGAGACUUUAUGGACACACUGUAUAUGGCUAAUGAUAGCACAUUUGGGCUUCAUGGAGAAACAAUCUCUAAGCUAUAUUUUUUAUGAAAUUAUUAUUAUCACCAAUGUAUAUACUGAAAAUGAUUUACAGAGGUGCUGAAAUUAUUCAACUGCAAAUAUGAAAUGAACUUUAUACAGAAAGGAAUAUAUAUUGCACAAAAACAGCGUUGAUGAAAGUCAAGACAGACCAAGGUCCACUCUGAUUCUAGUCAUUUCAGACUCUAGUCAACUCAUACCUUUAUUCAACUCAGACCCUAGUCAAGUCAUACCUCAGUAAACUCAUACCAAAAAGUCAACUCAUACCUUGGUAAACUCAGACUCAAGUCAAAUUAUACAUGAGUCAAUUCAGACACUAGUCAACUAAUACCUCAGUCAACUCAUACCUUAGUAAACUCAGACUCAAAUCAAAUCAUACUCCGGUCAAUUCAGGCUCUAGUUAACUCAUACCCCAGUAUACUCAUACCCGAGUCAAUUCACAUCUCACUCAACUAAUACCAUAAACUACUCAUACAUCAAUCAAGUCGGAGUCAAACCCGAGUCAAGUUAUAACUUAGUCAAUUCAGACUCUAGUUAGUUCAUACCUCAGUCACCUGAGACCCAAUCAACUCAUACAUCAGUUCGCUCACCUUAUAUUCGCGAAUGCAACUUUCAGCUGUCGGCUGCCGGGUAAACCUACUAUUUUAU